ACCUGACAUCUCGCACAAAUUUUCUUCUAUAACUCGUAAAACACAUGACUGACUCUGCCUUCUCUGUUUGCGUGCAUGGAGGUGUGCACUUUGAGAUUCUCUCUCUCUCUCUCUCUCUCCCUCCAUAUCUCCUCUCCCCCUCUAUAUCUCUCCCAUUUUCAAAAUGAUUUGAUUUUUGUUGAAUGGUGAACGAGAGAAUCAGAAGUGAAGAUGAAAAAGGGACAGGGACAGGGACAGUCUAAUUUGGAGCUAAAGCAGAGAAUAGCGAGUGCGCUAAACAAGGUUGGGGAUCGCGAUACUCAGCAAAUAGGAAUGGAAGAGCUAGAGAGAAUGGCGCAUGGUAUAAGGGCGGAUGGUGUGUGGGCGUUUCUGUCGUGCAUAUUGGACAGCGACUCGGAGCCUAAAACGGCAAUCAGAAAGGAGUGUGUGAGACUGAUGGGAGCGUUGGCGACCUUUCACGAUUCCCUCAUCCUUCCGCAUCUUCCCAAGAUGGUUGGAAGCAUCGUUAAGCGGCUGAGGGAUUCAGACUCUGCGGUGAGGGAUGUGUGCGUCCACACUGUUGCUCUUCUCGCCUCCAAACUAACCACUAACAAUGAGAAGGCCUUUCUGGUUUUAGUGAGACCCAUUUUUGAUGCCCUCGGCGAACAGAAUAAGCACGUUCAGUCCUCUUCUGCUUUCUGCCUCUCCACCAUCAUCGACAACACACUUGAUCCUCCUCUUUCCCUUUUGCACAGAAUGUUGACCAGGACUCUCAAGUUGCUUAAAACUCCUCAUUUCAUGGCUAAAUCAGCUCUGCUUCAGUUGACCAGGAGCAUUGUCCAGGCUGGGGGCGCUCCAACCCAAAAUCUUCUGUCCGCUGCUAUUGCCAGCAUCCAAGAGGCACUCAAAGACAGUGACUGGACUACACGCAAAGCAGCUUCCGUUGCACUGGCAGAAUUUGCUUUGAGCGGUGCUUCUUUCUUGGCAUGUUUCAGGGCUUCUUCUAUUCAAUCUCUCGAGUCAUGUCGAUUUGACAAGGUCAAACCUGUUAGGGAUGCUGUUUUGCAAGCGCUCAAGUAUUGGACCAUUCUUCCGCGCCCCCAUACUCCUGAGCCUUCUGAAACUGGAUCCUCCUCAAAAGAAAAUAUAUGCAGAGGUGAUUCGUCUGAUCUUAGUAGUACUACUGAAUCCAGACAGAGGCAUGUCAAGAUCCAAAAAGUUAAUACGAAAGCAACUAUGGGAAAGAUUCCUUUGUCUGUUAGGAAAACAUUCCAAAAUUAUGUCAGAAACCCUCACCAUAUCAAACCAGAUGAUUGGCUCGUUGAAGUUGCAGUACCCAGACCUCAUUCUGUGGUGGAAUUCCAGAAUGAAGAAUCUGAGAGUUGUUCUGUCACUAAGCCGUUAGAAACAAUGAGUGUUGAUGUUACGAGCAUGCAGGAUGCUGGUUAUGAAUAUGUGCCUAUGGAUGAUAAGCAGGAGUGUUCUUCUGUCUCUAAUCUUCCCACUGAUAACUUGGACACCAAAUUUUUAUCUGCUUCUCAUGACUGCUUUAUAAAUACUGGAUUACAGAAGCCAAUUGUAAGAAGCCAACAGUUUCGGGAAGAAACAAGUUGUGAUGAACAAGUGUAUGCAAAUGAAUGUUGUGAUAACUCCUUAAAGAUGCAACACCCUAGAAGCUCUGAUUCCACUGUCACAGAGCCAAGUCGCCAAACUGCACAUGAAUGUUGUAUGCAAAUGGCUAAUGAAAUGAUUUGCGUACAGAAUCAACUUUCAGAUAUUGAGAUCAAACAGACAAACAUGAUGCAUCAAUUACAGACGUUUGUAACUGGCAUAAUGGACGUCCUUUCUACAAUCCAGUCAAGAAUGGCAGGCUUAGAGAAUGUAUUUGAUAGAUUAAGUCAGGAAUCGUUGCGAGUAGGAAGACAUUCUUAUUCAGAAAACUCCAAAUUAGGGAGGCAGAGCGAAAGUGUUUCUUCUCCGAGGUUCUCCACAUGCACUCCAAGGCCAUUUGUAGAAAUUAAUAAUAAGCAAUCAGUCUUUACGUCAGUUAAAAAUUCUGAAAGUUGGGAGAGAAAGGCAUUUUCAAGGAGCCAACCAAAGAUUCAAGCUGGAGAUAGUUUGGAUAUGUGGAAAAAUCACAAAGUCAAGACUGGCAGAAAAUUUCAAGAAAAGGAUGUUUUGAACAGCCCAGCUAAGGAUACAAAGAGCAUGAGUUCUGCAAAAAAUGAAGCCAUUUAUUCCUCUGCUACCGGAGCUAAUGCCAGAAAUGGUUGUUCUAAAAGUAAUGGUAACUACUGGAAGUGUGUAAAACGUCUUGUGUGUGAAGGGGAUCUAAACUCUGCAUAUAUGGAAGCUUUGUGUUCCAGUGAUGAACUUAUUCUCGUUGAGCUUCUGAAUAAAACUGGUCCAGUAAUAGAAAGUCUAUCAGUGAAGACUGUCAAUGUUGUUUUUAGUACUUUAGCAUCGUAUCUUCAGGAAGGAAAAUUAGUUAAUACCAUAAUCCCUUGGCUGCAGCAGAUUGUUGAAAUGAGUACUAUCCAUGGACCAAAUUGCAUUGCUCUCUCUAUUGAAGCCAAGAAACAGAUUUUAGCGGCAAUUCAGGAGGCCGUGAACCUGCAUAUUUUCGGUCAUGCAGAAAGAAGGCAUGCUGCUGAAGUAGUGAUGAAAUUACAUCAUAUAUGGGGUAAUAUUACUGAAAGUUAAUAUUUUUGUAUCUGACAAAAAAAAUCAUUUAUUUUGUUAGGAGUCGGAUCUCUUUCCUGAUUGAACUCAAAAUGCCAGUUCUAGUUGUUUGUAUUUUGUUAGAUGGUGAAUGUUGGGUUUUGGGAAUAAUCCAUUCAUAGUAAUUAGUUGUGAAGUUUUCUUUUCGGGUUGGUUGCUGUGUACAGGAAAGGUGGUAUCUUCCCUGUGUACUGCAUCUUCGUGAAUGGAAGUGAAAUUAUGUUGUAUAAUUUUUUAAUGUUUAUUGUAUAUUUAGUAUUAACUAUUACUAAAUUAUAAAUUUGAAUCAUUCC